AUGAGCUUGAACUCUACGUUAUCGACGUUGAGCGGUCAGUCAUCAUCGGAUCGUCGUCGUCAGCAACACCAGCGAGCGCCAUCAUCAUCCACUUUUUCAUCUUCGCUAUCCCAGAGCAAGCUGUCAGCGACCCCACUACCGAAGGGAUACAAUGACGACGAGCCCGAUAGUGGUACCGGAGAUUCCGAUAGCGAUAUUUUGGCGCUACGUAGUAAGCUGUGUGCAUAA